CGGGCUGCUGAUCGGAUAGCCGCUGCUGUUUGUUAUUGGUCGGUCGAUUUGCACAGCCGAUCCCGGAUCCUUUACGGGCAACGGGCUUGUUUUGAGCUUUGCUCUCAAUAGUGAAAUUCAUUCAUCGUCGAAUCGUUGAUCAUGACCGAACAAAAGGAAUUCGGAUUGCCGUUUUACGGUAGCGGUUUGGUCGUCAAAGGAUUCGGACGAGGAUCCAAACACUUGGGUAUUCCAACAGCUAAUCUUCAUAAAGAUGUGAUUGAUAAGAUGCCUGAAGAAAUGACGACUGGAGUAUAUUAUGGCUGGGCUCAAGUACAAAACUUUCCUGUUCAUAAAAUGGUCAUGAGCGUCGGCUGGAAUCCAUUUUACAAAAACGAAGAAAAGUCGAUGGAAAUACAUAUACUCCAUGAAUUUAAAGAAGAUUUUUACGGAUCAAAUCUUAGGAUAAUCGUCGUUGGAUACGUCCGUCCGGAAAUGGAUUUUGAUUCUGUUGAUGAUCUUAUCAAGACGAUUCAUUCAGAUAUUGAUAUUGCCAAAAAACAAUUAGACCAAAAGAGUUGCCGCACAUUUAGCAAGGAUCAUUUCUUUGAUAAACAUUCCUGAUUUAGGAGGUUGUUUCGUUACAUACGAAGUAUUAUGUAAACGGAACUCUACACAACUGAACAUAAUAUUCCAUCGCUAUUGCCAAAAGACAUUUCAAACCACUUUAGCUCCUUGUGAUAAUAACUUUAUGGCAAUUGUGUGAUUAAACGAUAACAUAAAAUUAAGUCGACUACAUGAUAUAUAGUAGUAAUAGUAUUUUAAAAAUUAGCUUAUCAAAAUAUAUUGUUGCAUUUACCAACUUGGUAAAUCAAUUUUUGUUUUACCUGUUUAUUCGUUUUUAGAACUACAUAGAAUUAGUUAUUUAUAUAAAAAUAUUGUAGUUACCUUUAGUUUAGUUGUUGAUCAUAGUUUUUAGAUUUGUUGCUGAAUAUUACCAACCAAUGUGUACUCAUAAUUUGUGUGCUUAGACCUACAAUAACUACUUAUCACUUGAACCAAUAUCUUUAAAGAUUUAGUCUAUAGAUUAUAACUACUUUAAUUAUAUUUAAGUACUUUAAUUAUAGACAUAAUUGUCAACUUAAAUACAAUAAUUUGACUUAAAGAAAA